UUUAAGGUUUCACAGCUACAAAUGAAAGGAAACCCAUGAGCAAACAGUAGCCAUUUAUCUCCUGCUUUUCUGCACCAUCUAACCUCUCUCUCUCUCUCUAGCAAAAAAAUCCAAACCUUCCAAGAAUGAAAUACAAGAAACAAAGGAGUCCUUGCCCUUGCUUUCUCUCUCUAUAUGUAACUAUUAUCUCCUUCUCUCUCUAAAACUCUUUAUCUAUCUCUAAUGGCCCAGCUGGACCAAAAUUUAUGUAGUAGUAGUAGUAGGAGAAAAACAAAAAAAAGAAAGAUGGAAGAUAGAUGGGAAAGAUGUCUUCUAAUGUCCUCCAACCAUAUACUUCCCACAAAUACCCCUCUCUCAUUCUCUCUCUCUCCCCCUUUGCCACCCCCUUACCUAUAUUCCAUUACACAUACAUACUCCCAAUCUAUUGUGGUUAUUUCGGUUUCUCAUAUUCAAGCCUUCAAGAGAGAGAAACACACAGGAUUCCCGAACACCCCUUCUCUUUCUCUCUCUACAAUUACUACUUCCAUAUAUAUAUAUAUAUAUAUAUAUAUAUGUGCUCAUCUCUCUCUAAUCAUUCUCUCUAUAAUUGAUUCCGAUCUGGAAGUUCUGGUGUUGAAUAAUAUGAGAUAUUAAAGAUGAAACGGGCUCCUGUAAAUUCGAUUCCUCAAUCUCAUCGGGCGGUUGAUGUUGAAGAUAGGGCUAAACUAAAAUAUCAAACCCUGUUGCAAGAGUAUCUGGAAUUGCAAAAGGAAUUUGUUUCAAAGAAGAGGAAAUUUCAGGCAACAAAGCAAAAGAAAGACACCCUUUUGGGGGAAAUCCGAUUCUUGAGACGAAGGCGUAAAUAUUUAUUAAGGAUCAGGUCUUCGAAACUUGGAGUGGAAAAGAAUGUUCAACCACAAGAAUCAGACAUGGAGAGAAAAAUGCUUGAAAGGGUAAGGAAUUACAGUGUCAAUGAAGCUGCACUGGGAAAUCCACAUCCAAUUUUGGUUUCAAAUCCAAAUUCAAGAGGUCCUCCCUCCAGAAGAACAAGAACAGUUACAGAGCCCGUUACAGAGCCAUUGCGGGUGGAGAAAAAACAUAAAAACUCAUUGAUUGAUGACAAAAGAAGAUUGGACAAGAAGGAAAUGUCAUGGCAAGAUCAGAUGAGUUUGAGGGUCUGAAUUUCACACAUCACACAUUAUAAAUAUACUCAUUUGUUUUUAUAUGAAGAAAAGGCUGCAAUAGAUUUUUUUUUUUUUUUCAUUCUUUCAUUGUUUUGUUGUUUUUUUUUUGUUUUUUGGUUCCCUAAUUUUUUUUAGAGUAAAUUGUAUAGAGAGAAUUUGAACUUUUGAUAAGCUGCUUCUUAUACAUGAAAUUUGUGAAAACUCCAACAGGCAUGAUUUUACCCUCAUUAAUUCGAGGAUAUAAUUCUUAUGUUUUUUAUCA